UUGGAUAAGUAGAUAGAUGGUUUGCUGGUUAGCAACAUAACAUAUUCUCUGCUCAUGCUAACUCGUAGAAAGAUUUGUCGCUGAAACUCUUCUCCUGCGAGUAAUCGCAAAUAGAAUAUUAAAAGUACGUGUUAGCCUCUACAGACUACAUAAAAAUUCCAAAGAUGUUUUGCCGAAAUCAGACUACGAGAGCAACAGUCGCACGGGGUUCUGCUCUUGAAAUGGAGAUACGGCGGGGGAAGUUCAGAAUGAGUGUUUUCUUGGAUACGCUACAGGACAGCGACAUCCAGAAGAAGAUCGACCAUGAGAUCCGCAUGCGGGAGGGCACCUGCAAGCUGCUGGCCGCCUGCUCCCAGAGGGACCAGGCGCUGGAGGCCGCCAAGGGGCUGCUGACCUGCAACGCCCGCAUCCUGGCCUACAUGUCCGAGCUGCAGCGCAUGAAGGAGGCGCAGGUCAUGCAGAGAGUGGCACGCAGGUCCUCUGCAGAUGCUGGGCCCAUGGACGAAAGACUUCCCUGUAAGGGCAAAGUGGCCAUAUCAGAUCUCCGAAUCCCGCUCAUGUGGAAAGACACAGAGUACUUCAAAAAUAAAGGAGAACUGCAUCGCUGCGCUGUGUUCUGCGUGCUGCAGCUGGGAGGUGAGAUCUACGACACAGACAUGGUGAUGGUGGACCGCACGCUGACGGACAUCUGCUUCGAAAACACCAUCGUCUUCAGUGAGGCUGGGCCUGGGUUUGAGCUGCGUGUGGAGCUGUACAGCUGCUGUACAGAGGAAGAGUUUUCAUCGGGGGCGGCACCCAGGAAACUAGCCAGCAAGCUGAGCAGCUCCCUGGGACGGUCCUCAGGAAAGAAGAUCCGGGUGGGACUCGAACCCGGGGCCUGCAGCCCAGUCAGUAAUGGAGGGGGAGCUCCCCUGCUGCUGCCCUCUCCCUCUGUCCCGGGACCCAAGUACCACCUCCUGGCCCACGCCACCCUGAAGCUGACACAUGUCCGGGACAGCUUCCGAACACAUGACCUGUCCAUCUCUGGCAACGAGGAGUGCUCCUAUUGGCUGCCGCUGUACGGCAGCGUGUGCUGUCGCCUGGUUGCGCAGCCUGACUGUAUGACCCAGCAGAUGAUGAGUGGCACUCUGCAGGUCAAGCAGCUUGGGGAGGACUCGCAGAGCUGGACCAAGGUCUACGGCGUCCUCAGUGGGACAAACCUCAUCUGCUACCACCAGCAAGAGGACGUGGAAGCGAAAGUGGAGCCAGCCUUUACCAUUGCCAUCAACAAGGAGACGAGGAUCCGCGCCACAGAGAAGGACCCCCACAGCAAAGCGCAGAGCAUCUCCGUUAGCAACCAGUACGGGGGGGAGGAUGUGACGCACACGCUGGCCACCGACAGCCGCGAGGAAAUGCAGCGCUGGAUGGAGGCCUUCUGGCAGCACUUCUACGACAUGAGCCAGUGGAAGCAGUGCUGCGAUGACCUGAUGAAGAUCGAAGUGCCGUCGCCACGGAAACCCAUCAUCGUCAUACCGAAGCAGGGCUCCCUUUACCAUGAGAUGGUUAUUGAUGCCACCGAUGAUCUUGGAACCGUGACGGACAUCUUGAAGUGCCACAUGCAGGAGUUUAAGCUGCGUGGCCAGCUCGGGGCGGCCCCUCCCUGGAUGUCCUUGUUCGAGGGGGACCAGAGCCAACACCCCAUACCCCAGGUGGCCGGACACAGCCCCCGCCCCCAGCACCGCGCCCCCCGCUCCCCGCGCCCCGGUCGGCUCUCCUCGGACACCAGUCUGACCUCAGACAGCGAUAGCCCCUGCAGCACCAGCCCCUGUUCCCGCCACGCCUGGCCUGAGACCCCGCCCCGCACCCGCCCCCGCACCCUCUCCCUGGACGCCAGGCUCAGUGGUCUGCAGGGCAGGGGGUGCACAAGCCCGCCCCGCCCCUCGUCUUCCUCUUCCCCCAGGCCCCCGCAGCCUGGGCUGUCCUGCUCCAGCUCCACCUCCAGCAACAGCUCCAGCGAGGGCAGCACCACCCCCGAUUUAGAGGGCUCCCCUUUCCCCCGUGCCGCUCCAGGCCGCCGCAGCCUGAGGGACCUGCGGACCAAGCUGGACCCACAAAACUGGCUUCAGAGUCAAGUGUAGUGUCCCCCCCACAGACCCACCUCUAUACCAAUGGGCUGCUAAUUUUACCCACUGCUCCCUCCAAGAGUUGCUGGCUGCACAGAUCCUAGUAACGUGUAAGACAAAUUCACAACAUGUUUGAGAAUCUGAAAUAUCCAUUGAAAGCUCUGCUGUUCGCUCUGAAGGAGGAAAAAGCCUGUGGUGUACGUAAUGAAGAGGAAAUGACAAUCCUACAUAAUGCAUCAGUCAGUAGACCAUUGAGGAUACAGAUGAUAACCACCUGUCGAUUCCUGCCUGGUUCCGAGACAAAGAUGCAGGGGUUUCUCAGCAUGUAUCCUAGAGGAGAGGAGGAGCAGUUAUUGCUAAUGUGUCUGCUCUAGUUCCAGCUCCACUGUGAUACUUCACAGACUGCAUAUAAAACCAUCUUUGGAGCUACUGAUGCUUAACUCACUGGUCUUUAAUGUUAAAACAUACACUGCAAGUGAGUGGAGCACUGAGUGGACCAUAUGGAAUGAAACAGCAGGAAGAAAGGGUAGGGUCUCAGGAAGAAAAGAUUUUUCAUUAUUCUCAGACACUAGUACUCUGUAAAAGAAAAACUUAAAGGCUUGGCAAGUGAAUUGUGAGUGACAGGUGCUUAAAUUGCUUGGAUGCCAUGGUGAACUGAAGAAUUUCGUAGUGGUUGUCUCAAAAUACACAAACAUGCAUGGAGGAUGGAGGAUUUAUGCAAAGUCACUGUCUGCCCUUCUGGGUCACAGUUAUUUCAGGAGUUUGGCUAUCGGUAUUUUUAUCUGUACAGAUGCUGUUACGCAGCUCACUACAUUACACACUGAGGAAGUGACUGUGGACCCAGCUUUUGUCAACCCUUAGCAAAAUUUUUUUAAAUUAUUUAUUUGCCUCUGAGACAGCUUUAUUAAGGACAAUCCUCAUAGCAUACAUUUCUACAUGUUUGUGUAGCUGGGUGCUUAAUAAAAGUGGUUAGCUUAAGCAUCUUGCUCAAGGGUGCUAUUGCAGUGUUUCACAGCACUGCUGUUCAGCCCGGAAUAUUUCUGGUUUCACAUCCAUAACUACUCAGUUCCACACAGCCACACAGUUCCACCAUACCUCAAGGAGAAAUAACUUCCCUUUCAUACAAGACAGAAGGGCUUUGCAAUCGUACCUGUACAGUGUUCUGUGCUCUGUUAAUGUAGGGUGUUGGAUACACUAGUGUUUUAUGCAAAAUGAGAGGAAAAAGUCUGUGGAUAAGCCACAUGUAAAAUGUGAGUGUUUUUUAAACAUUCAAAAGCCGUUCCUUUCACAAGCAUUAUUAGUCAUGUGCUUAAGCACCAUAUUCAGUGAUUAUGACACUCAUGGAGGCUUCUUCUCAGGCCUAGCCAGAGCAGCAAAGCCUGUUGUCCUAUAUCUUUGUUUAAAAUGGACUACGAAAUCCACUAGAAAAGCCACUGCUUUACCUAGGGGUUGGACAGAGAUCUGCUAGUUUACCUCCACAGACAGCAUGAAGAGUAAGGAUACAGUAUGUGUUCCUGUAAAGUCUAUCUUUGUUCAUCCGCUCAUUUCAAGUAUUUUGCAUUGUUGGAUUUUUGUAUAAAUAAAACUACAGUGAUGCAUAUUUUAACAGAAGUAUUAUAGUUCUGUCACCACUGAAAUGGAUAACCCUAAAAUUUAACCUUGUUAUAUGAGCAUUUUGUCAGCAGGUUGUUUGCAUGUGCAAAUGAUU